AUGGCGAACACCAUGAUCUGUCCCUUCUGCGGAAUCGCCGGCGGCGGUGAAUAUGAGAUGCUGACGCAUAUGGAAUCUUUUCAUCCAGAAGAAGACCAGGCCUCAUCCUCCCAGGCAGCUCAGGAGCAGUAUGCUGAGUGCCCCAUCGAAGGAUGCGGCGAAGUGCUCUCUCUAACUGAGAUGGACUACCAUGUUGACCUCCACGUCGAAGAACAGCGGCAAGGGGUCGGCGAUCCGUCUGAGAACCAUACGGCCCACGGUACCGCGAGCUCCAGAGUGACUACCGAAGUCGGGGCCGUGAGCAGCAGCAGUCAUGCUGGUAGUGGAUCUGCAGGCGACACGCAGAGGACUGCCAUACAGCAAUGGGGCCAGCUCUUGUCAAUGCCCCAGCCCAAAGAAAAGGGCGCGACAGGGGACAAGCGUUUGGGAAAAGCCGAGCUGGGCAAAUACGCGCAUGAACAAACCAUGCCUGACUGGCUCGUUUCGCUACUUCACAAAGGCGGGGAGGUAACAAGCGACGGGGUGAUCAACGUUCUCGAACAGCUUCUUCGGCAGAGCAGGUCUACAGAAUAUGCGUAUCUUUGUCACCCCGCCGUGCAACACGUCUCUAAGCUGAAGAAAGAAGGUAGUCAAAUCCCACUUCCCUUCGUCCCGGCACAUACUGACAUAUGGCGAGGUGGUUUCUGCGGCUAUCGCAACAUACAGAUGAUGGUUUCUUACAUCAACGGUGCGAACGCCUACGGCAGAGAUCAGUUCAGGGGACGUUUGCCCACCAUAUUCGAAAUACAAGAGUACAUCGAAAAUGCGUGGGAUAUGGGCAUUAACGCUCAAGGCCGUCUUGAAACGGGAGGUAUCAAGGGCACUCGUAAAUAUAUUGGAACGCCGGAGGCUCAAGCGCUCUUUGUCAGCCUUCAGAUACCGUGCACUGCUCAGGGGUUCAAAGAUGCGGAGCCAGGGAGAUCCGAAGCCAAGUUGAUGUAUGCUGUUGAGCAGUACUUCAAGCAUGGAAUGCAAAGCCCACCCGCCAAAGUCACAUGCACGCAGCUUCCGCCCAUAUAUUUCCAGCAUGCCGGGCACUCUUUAACAAUCGUGGGGUUCGAGAGACAAAAGAAUGGCCCUUCGAAUCUGCUGGUUUUCGAUCCCAUGUUCCGCGAUGCGCCUGCACUCGCCCGACUCAUAGGCCAAACUUUCAAGCACAGGUCUGCCGAUGAAUCGCUCAAGCCCUAUCGUCGCGGUUCAAAAUACCUUCGCCGAUAUCGCGAGUUCGAAAUUCUCAGACUCGAUGGGCCGCAGCUCAGCCCUCCACAGAGCAGCAGAUAG